UAAAGAAAGCAAUUUAUUGUUUCAUUUCGAAUGUCAAAUCUAUGGGUACGGACUAGGGGGGCAUGAAGAUGAAGCCCAUUAGCCCAUCUACCCUGUCCACCACCCCUUGCCUGCCUCUGUUAUUCUCUGUGACUGCUCAGCUGAAGCAAAACUGUCAAAGACUGAUCUUGGCGGUGCCAAAGCCAUCGAAAGCUGUAAAUCUGUAGAUUGUCUUUAAUCGUUUCUUCUAGAUUUCGAUCCUAGUUUCUUCAAAUCUGUUGACUCCUUCUUCUGAUUGGAUUUCUGAUUAUCUUGAGCUAAGUUCAGCUUGUACUUGGAAUCGGUUCCUUGAGGCGGUUCGGCAGUCUCUGUACAAGUAUUUCCUAUGAAAUUUGUUUUUCCUUCUGAGGAUUCGUUCUCCAUAGAAUCUUGAGCUGUAAUAUGAUAUGGGUUUAUAAUCCUCCUCGAGUUUAUUUGGUUCUCAGUAUGGAUCGGCUCGCAUUGUUCAGGUUCCAACUGAGUUGUUUAAUGUAAUGCUUAGGUUUUCUUGGAUUAAGAGGAACAUGGAUUCUGGGGGAUUCUCAUCAAUCAAGAAUAAAAUUCGUAUACAAUGAAGAUUGAUGUUGUUUUUUCGGGCAAUGAUGAUUGAGAUGGUGAAAAGUUUUAGUCGGAGUACCUCCGGUCACUUCAGCCGGAGGAGCGUGAGCUUUGGCAGUCCAAGAAUCAUGAGCAGAAAGAGCUGGCCAGCGCCAUCGUUCCAUGUAUUUGUCUUGAUCAUCUUUUCGUUGUUCUUUAUAAUAGUAAUGGGUUGUGGGUAUCAUUACGUGUUUCCCAGUAUCAGGAAGGCCAUUCACGGGCCUGAACGUGGGGUUGGUGUUUCCAAUUUCGAAUCCACUAAUUCAACGGGUACCUGUGAUUAUUUCGAUGGCAAAUGGGUACAAGAUUACAGCUAUCCUCUGUACAAUAGCUCGGAAUGUCCUUUCGCAGAACGAGGAUUCAACUGCUUGGCUAAUGGGCGCAAAGAUAGAGAUUAUCUUCAGUGGAGGUGGAAGCCCAAGAAUUGCGUUAUCCCAAGGUUUGAUGUGCACAAAAUGUUAGAAAUGCUUCGCGGCAAACGUGUUGUCUUUGUUGGUGAUUCAAUGAGUAGAACACAGUGGGAGUCUCUGAUAUGCUUGCUGAUGACUGGGGUGAAUGAUAAGAAGAGUGUUUAUGAAAUCAAUGGGAGCAAGAUCACCAAGCAGAUUAGGUUUCUUGGUGUACGUUUCAGUUCGUUCAACUUCACAAUCGAGUUCUUUCGCUCAGUUUUCCUGGUUCAGCGAGGCUGGGUACCCAAAUAUGGGCCAAAGAGGGUUAGGUCGACCCUCAAGCUGGACAAGUUGGAUGAUAUUAAUAAGGAGUGGAUUAAUUCAGAUGUUCUUAUUUUCAAUACAGGGCAAUGGUGGAACCAUGGAAAGCUUUUCGACACGGGCUGCUAUUUCCAGGUUGGUGGAUCACUGAAGCUUGGAAUGCCAAUUACUGCUGCCUUCAGAACUGCGUUACAAACUUGGGCAUCAUGGGUUGAGACGAGGAUCAACACAAAUAGAACACGUGUUUUCUUUCGAACAUUUGAACCUUCUCAUUGGAGUGAUCAGGUCCAUAGGCAUUGUAAAGUUACGCGCCAUCCAAUGUUGGAAACCAAAAGAAAAGACCAAAACCCUUUUUCACACAUUGUAUCAGAAGUCGUGAAGAAUAUGACUGUUCCUGUGACGAUUCUGCAUGUUACUACCAUGGGGGCUUUCCGGAGUGAUGCACAUGUUGGCCCUUGGAAUGAUAAUCCAUCGAUUUCUGACUGUAGCCAUUGGUGUCUUCCUGGAGUCCCUGAUGUGUGGAAUGAGAUUGUCUUCUCAUUUCUGUUUGCUGACAUUGUUCUUCCAUUACAAUGAACCAGAGCAUUCUGAGAGGAGGAACAGUCCUACGAAGACCCCCACUGACAAAGCAAAAGCGGUUUGUAGCUGAAAUUCUUUUUCAAUUUUUCUUUUCUCGGAUACAGGGAGAGGACUCAUGUAACAAUUCUUUAAGGAACAAAAAUCCAUUUUCUUGCCAUCAGUCUAGAUGUGGAAGGUGAAAAUUUUGAUCAUACUUGUCAGAAUUGAAAGAAAAGGAACAUAGGGGUGCUUGUUUGUGUCCAUUGAAUGAUCGAACAGCAUUAAUAUGUACAGAUUUUUGUGAUGAAGGUUGGUAACGAAAAGUGAUCAUUGCUUGUGGGAA